GAGGACCGGCAAGUAAGCGUCAAGCGACGAGGCAUCGAAACGCUUGGGGUUUGCGAGUGACGUGCAAAUUUUUACUUCACAGAAAGUAAUACAAAGUGCAAUGACUCGCACUGAAAAGGUGAAUCUAUAUACAUUAUUUGUAUGUUUAGUGCUGGCCAAUAAUUAACAGAGCCAAGCAGUAAAAAAUGAAUAAACUCGUCAUGUUCGUUGCUCUGGUAAUAUAGUUGUUCCCCCUCUCACGAAGGGGUGCGUGCGUAAGCAGUAGCGUAGUUGAGUGAAAACGAAGCGAAUCGCAUUUGGCAUUUGGAAAGUGGACUACGUGACUAUUAGAGCAAAGUUGGGAAGUCGAGAAAAGUCGAAGGAAAGAGAGUCAAGGUAGAGAGGAAAACCGACGCUUGUUUGUGCUGCCAUAGGUAUGUGCGACAGCGCUCAGUGUGCAGGCGGGCUGUGGAUGUGAUUGCGCUAUUUACUUGUGCAUUGCUGCACAUGUGACAAGUCAGACCCUCAGCUAGAGUGUUCUACUGCAGUUAUCAAGAAAUUUAACUUUUGAUUAAGACUGGGUAAACGAACAGAUGAAGAUCAUGACUGAUGACGAUGCUUUGGAUUCAAUGGAUACUGAAGAUACAGAAGGAGAAAUAUUUAAUCCCCAUAUGUUGAAAGGCCCUAGGACAUUAAGAUCACAUUCCACUUCCAAUCAAGAUUUAGACCAAAGCAGUUCAAUUGUACGCCGUAGCACUCGAAACAAAUCACAGACUUAUGAUAAUCUUAAUACUAGUUGGAUAUUUGGAACUCAAACAUUGAAAGGAUACCCAAUGUAUAAGCAAGACGCUUCAUCUUCUGAUAAAGAAAUGAUAGAUGAAGAUACUUCACGACCUCGCAGGCUUAGACGUCAAAUGCCAAUGAGAUCACGAGUGAAUCAUGUACAAAAUAAAACAUCUCCAAGACAUCUAAGAAAUCACAGCAAUCAUACUUCAAGUCGAGAGCUUAGAGACAGACAGCGUCUACGAGAACGAUCAGACCGAGAUCGUGAGUUACGGGAGCGACCUGAACGUGACCGGGAACGAGUUCUUCGUGAGCGUCCAGAUCGAGGUCGACCCGACAGAGAUCGUGAACUUAGAAGUAGACUCCGUGAAAGAAGUGACCGAGAUCAUGAUCGAUCAGAUGAUAUUACUUUACGCGUAUCACGAGACAGACGGGAUCGCGAAAGAUCUGACAAAGAUUUGAAAGAUAAUAAAAAUGAACUGAAAGAUAAGCUCGAUGAUAAGUCAACUAAUGAAGAGAAAGAUCAACGGCAAAAUAAAUCCGAGAGCCCUUUCCGAACAAGAGAAGGACCUGUUACAAGAUUGAGUAAUAGCCAUGCAGAGAAAGACGAGAAACCAAAACAGGAACCAAAUGAAGAAAACGAUGCUGAUGAAGAAGAUGAUAAUUCUCAGGAAAGUGAAAAAGCAGAAAAUAAUUCGGAAAAUGAUGGCUACCAAGAUAUGUAUUCAAGAGUAAAAAGAACUAGGAGAACAUCACAAAGAAUUCAAAAUCGGCAACUCGCAGAUAGUGAGAUGAGUGAGUCUUCUGACACACCUGGUCCACGUAAAUAUAGUUUGCGCCAGAAAAAGCCUACAGUAGAUAGAUUUCAAGCAAAUAUGGAACCUGUACGAAGAUCAAUUAGAGUGUACAGAAGUGUUUAUAGCAAUUCCAUAAGAAGACGUAAGCACAGAAGCAAAAGCUCUAGUAGUACUGAUUCAAGUGAUUCAGAGCCACAACGUUACGAUAAGAAGAAAAAUAAGAAGUCCAGGCAAACAUCUAUACCUCAAGGAGGGCCUUCCGAUAAAAAAGCAGAUAUUAGUCCAAUUACAGUAGACACAAAUAUUACAUUCAACGAUGUUGGUGGAUUAGAGUCUCAUAUACAUUGUCUUAAAGAAAUGGUUGUGUUUCCAAUGAUGUAUCCAGAUGUUUUUGAUCGAUUUCACGUAACACCACCAAAAGGUGUAUUAUUUCAUGGUCCACCAGGAACUGGAAAAACCUUGAUAGCGAGGGCCUUAGCUAACGAAUGUAGUAAGGGCAGUCGAAAAGUAUCAUUUUUCAUGCGCAAAGGAGCAGAUUGUUUAACAAAGUGGGUCGGAGAAUCUGAACGCCAAUUAAGAUUAUUAUUCGAGCAAGCGCAGCAAAUGAAACCUUCCAUUAUAUUUUUUGAUGAAAUUGAUGGUUUAGCACCAGUAAGAAGUACUAAACAAGAUCAAAUUCAUGCAAGUAUCGUUUCUACUCUCUUAGCACUAAUGGAUGGUCUCAGUGAUAGAGGAGAAGUCAUCGUCAUUGGAGCAACAAAUCGAAUAGAUGCCAUAGAUCCAGCAUUACGAAGACCUGGUCGAUUUGAUAGAGAAUUAUUUUUUCCGCUUCCAGCAACGAAAGAAAGAUUAGAAAUCUUAAAAAUUCACAUAAAAAAGUGGAAAAAUCCGCCGCCAGAUCAUUUGCUACAAGCAUUAGCUGAUCAAGCCACUGGAUAUUGCGGGUCAGAUUUGAAAGCUCUUUGCACUGAAGCUGUCAUACAAGGAUUAAAGCGAACAUAUCCUCAAAUUUAUUUGACUAAUAAUCGAUUGUUACUGAAUCCAGAACGAGUCGAGGUGAAAAAAACUGAUUUUAUUAAAGCCAGCUCACUUCUUGUUCCUGCAUCACAUCGUGUAGCUCCAUGCGUUGGAAAAAGAUUAGUACCUUUUAUCGAACCUCUUUUGGAUGUAUCACUACAGGAACUUUUGGUUACAGUCAAGAAGAUAUUUCCACACGGUAUCGAUCAAACGCUUGCAAAGCUAAAAAUAACAAAAGGUACUCACCGUCCCCGAAUUUUAAUUACUAGUGGUAAUAUGGCCAAGAAUCAAGCUCCACAAUUAGCAAAAGCUGUCAUCUAUCAUAUGGAACAUCUUCCUGUACAUAGUUUAAACGUUAGUACUCUAUUCGCCGAAAGUGCAAGAUCUCCAGAAGAAACUUGUGUUCAGGUAUUUAAUGAGGCAUCUAGAAAUGUACCGUCCAUUAUUUAUAUAUCAUCAAUUGAUCAAUGGUGGCCUUUAGUACCGGAAACAGUUAAAGCUGUUUUUCUUUGUCGUGUUGCUGCACUCGAUCCAUCUUUGCCGAUUUUAAUACUCUCUACUACUGAAGCCACUUACGAAGAAUUACCUGAUCAACUAAAAAAUUUAUUUAGUACACUUAGAGGAGAAGUUUUCUCAAUAAAUCGCACAACGGAAGAACAGAGAUCCAAAUUUUUCAAGCCUAUUUUUACUUCACAAAGUCUCCAAUCUCCUUACGUCAAGAAAAAAACUGUUGAAGAACUUGAAGAAUUGCCACUUGCUCCAGACCCUGAGCCAAAGAAGCUGACUGAAGAAGAAAGAAGAGCCUUACUUGAGAAAGAAGAAAUAUCAUUGAGAGAAUUAAGAAUCUUCUUAAGAGAAAUUUGUGCUAAACUGGCAAGAAACAGGCAAUUUUUUAUGUUUACCAAGCCAGUAGAUACAGAAGAAGUUCCAGACUACAAUGAUAUUAUUGAACAACCCAUGGAUCUUGAAACAAUGAUGACAAAAAUCGACAUGCAUUGUUACUUAUGUGCUCGAGAUUUCCUAGAUGACAUUGAUCUUAUAUGCCGCAAUGCUUUGGAAUAUAAUCCAGAUAGCUUGCGUGAUAGGCCCUCCCUUGGAAUAAUGAAGAGAGAUCCUGCCGACAAAUUAAUUAGACAUAGAGCGUGUUCCUUACGUGAUAAUGCAUACGCUCUGAUAAAAGCUGAACUGGAUUCAGACUUUGAAGACAAAUGUAGAGAAAUAUCGGAGAAUCGUACGAAUAAAGAUAAGCAAAGUAAUAAUGUAAAUAAAAAAGAGAAUGGUAAGGCUGAUUCUAUUCAAAAUACUGAGAAGAGCGACAAGAGAGACACUCCUGUGAACAAUGCCAUCGUGGUGAAUGGUAAACGAUUAUCAAGUUCAAGAAAACGCAAAAUACCUGCUUGGGCACGCGGUUAUGUCAAGAAACCCCAUAAGAAAAAGAAAAUUUCAUUUGAUGACAGCGUUCAUAACGAUAGUAACAAGGAAAAACCAACUUCGGCUGAUGCUUCUGGGCAAAGUGUCGAUUUAGAUAAAUUUCAAGAAUUUGAAACAGAGGUUCAGUGUGUUCUCAAUGGCCAUAUACCUCUGUUUGACAAUACUGAUACAGAAAAUGAUUCACAAAAUGAAUCAACAAAGGAAAAUCGCCUAAAUCAGUCUGAUACAGCUAUUGAGAGAAAAGCAGCUGAAAAAAAGAAUUCCAAUGAUGGCGAGAGCAUGGAUGUAACAUUCACAGACGAUAAACAAGAAGAUAGUUCUCGAUCUUCAUUGAAACCUGAAGAUCAGCAAAUUGAUAAACUUUCAUUUACCUUCGAUAGCGAUUCUAGUCUGUCAAAUAAUCCCGAAGAAUGCAACAAAAUACUGGUUGACAGAGAAGAAUUGGAAAAUGCACUGCUGUAUACAGUUCAAGCUACUGAAAAUUUCCCAAUCGAAUUAUUAUGCGAUAUUUAUGUACAAUUAAGUCGACGCGUGGGCCAAUAUUCUCGCACCUACGAUAGGAAAACACUGCCAAAGGAUUUACUACAAGACGUAAAACAAUUUGAGAAACACAACACUGUGGAAAACGAUAGACUUGUCCGCAACCAACGAAACAGAUAUUCAUAAGAUCGAUAGAUUAUUUUAGCUUUCAAUAUAAGAAUAUAAGAAAGUUCAAUAAACUUAUUUUAACAUACUUAAUCGAUACGCGAGUCACAAUCGCUAAUUAAAUUUUUUUAAAGUUGUUACGACUGCCAAAUUUUCUGUGAAAAUGAAGAGUCGUUUAAAGCACGAUCAAGUGAGGUUUGUUAUAUUUCAUAGAGACGUGAUGCAUAUAUACUUAAGAAGUAGGUAGAGGGUUUGUGUCUGUCAACAAUCUGAUAAAAUCAAUUCAAGACAAGUUUUGUAUGGAUUUGUAGUUUAUACGCUAUAAAGCUUUUUAUUUUCUUUUACAUUUACAAUUUUUCUAGCCAUAACAUUCAAACAUGCUCGUUUUACUUGGCACAAAUAAUCAUAACAUGACUUGCAUUAAUAUUCUAUGAAACUAAUUUUAUUUAUUCUAGAGUCAUCAAUAAUUAUCAAAAAAGAAGGAUUUCAUAUUGUUAUACAGUAGGCAAUCACAUAAUGUUAUGCCGCAAAUCGUUCGUUAUAAUUUACCUUUAAAUAUAGUACAAAACGUGAAAUGCAAAAAAGAAAAUUAAAUCAUUUUUCUAAAAAGAAGCUUUUAACCGUAACAGUAAUUACAUGCAGAAAAUGAACACGUUAAUAAUUUGAGCAAUCGAGAUAGAAAUUGAAAAGUGUUGAGUAUUAUAUUGAAUGUAUUAAAUUCAAAAGUAAAACAAUUAAUGUUGUGAAUAAAAAACUUCUCUGACCGUUGAUAGACAAAGUGCUUCCACCAAUGAAUACUACCGAUUCGGUAAUUGUAAACCAUACACGUUUGAAUCAUUGUUGAACUUUUUAUGGUAAAUGUGAUCUGAUCAUGUUUAGCUUGCCAUCUAAUUUUGUUAAAUGUCUCUUAAGGCUUCUUCAGAUAAAACAAUAAAUAUAUAAAUAAUAGAUAAUCUUUGCUCUAAUUUUGAUGGACCAACGUCGAAAAAACGGUAUAAAUCAAUAAAUUAGAAUGAUAAAAAUAUAAUGAUAAAUUAAUUUCAGCUCAUUUUGUCUCUAACAAUUUCUUAGAAAUCGUUAUAAAAUUUACGGUUGAAAGAAAAUAAAAUCUCAGAAUCAACAAGAUUAAAUAAACAAUGAUAGCUCAAUAACGCUAAAAGUUGAUGUUGAAAAAUUGUUUUUGAUGAAACUAAUGCAAGAGAUGAGCCGGAAUUUAUUUACAGUACUUUUGUGUCACCGUACAUCGUUUUAUAUCAUUUCAUUGGCCUUGUGAUGUAUAUUCGUGGCAGGAUUAACUUUUAUUAAUAUAGCUGGUAUAAAUAUAUAUGGAAGAGCCUUAAAAGACGUCAUUAGAAAUCUACUUGAUGUAGAAUUUCUAGAGAGAUAGAUAAUACGUGAUUUGUGACGUUCGAUAAAUCGCUCGUUUGUUUCAUAUAUUUUUGAUUUGAUUUUUUACGUGAUUUAUAUUUAAUUUAUUAAGUGAUAGUUUUGUGUAUUUGUACAAAUAAUGAAACAAAAUAAAAAUAUUUCCAAGGCUAGAACAGAAAUAAAGUAGAAGCAUACUAUCGCAAAAGAUGCAUAUACAUUGCCUUAUUUAUUUUAACGUGAAUGUAAGUUGGUACAAUUUACAAUUAAAAUACACCAUCGCUAAUAAAUUGAA